AUGGAGUCUUACAACAGAUCUCGUGUUAGAAAAAAUCAUGAUGGUGAUGGAUGGAAUGAAGACACAGUCUAUGCACUUGGUUACUUCAGAAGUUUGGCAAGUGCAUUGGGAUUUUGGCCGACGAAUAAUCGUCUAUGGUCGGGAAUUAGAAUUGGACUAAUUACUAUCAUUCAGUUACCUUUGGCUGUCAUUUUUAUAAUAAAUAUUUUAACAUAUGAAAAUUGUGGUUCUGUGUCUGAUAACGUUGGUGCCUUGAGUUUGAUAGUGACAGCUCCAUUGGCAAUAUUUAAAGUAGUAAUGCCUUGGGUCCAACGUGAUAAUCUUGAUAUUAUUGUUAAAUCAGCUGUCAACGAUUGGUCAGAAAUAAUUGACAAUUCAUCUAAAAAAAUUAUGAUGAAAUAUGCUAAAAUUGGAAGAAAUGUACUAAUUAUUGAGUUGGUUGGUGCAUACAUGACAGUGAUACCUGGUAUUAUUGCUAAAUAUCCAUCUGAUGUUGAAUUCUUAUCAAGAAAUGUAAAUGAUACAACUUUACCGUUAAUUAGAAACAUACCAAUUGGUCCAUCAUGUUGGGUGUCACUUGUAAUACCACACUAUCAAUAUUUAAUUUAUUAUAUUUAUGUUACAAUUCAUAUAUUAGUAUUAGCUGGUGCAUAUGUUGGUGGUGAUAUAUUUAUUUUUGGCAUUGCCAUGCACGUCUGUGGACAAUUUGAAAAUUUACAUAAUAGU